CCAGAUGUGGUGGCGGAGGAGUUCUUUGAGUACGAUGCUGAGGACUUCCUGGUGUUCCUGACCCUGUUGAUCACUGAGGGACGGACCCCAGAAUGUUCUGUGAAGGGUCGCACAGAGGGGCUGCACUGCCCCCCUGCAAAGUCCGCCCUGCCGCCCCUACACAGGCACGAGUGCAGCGACAAACUGCCACAGUGUGUGCAGGCGCGGCGUGUGCGCUCGGAGGUGUGUGUGUUGUGGAGGAACAGUAUUCCCAUCAUGGUGGAGGUGAUGCUGCUGCCAGACUGUUGCUAUGGAGACGAGAGUCCCCCUAGUGACCCCAUCAGUGACCCAGCGAUCAAACAAGAUGCUCUGCUACUGGAGCGAUGGACUCUGCAGCCUGUACCACGACAGAGCGGUGAUAGGUUUAUAGAGGAGAAGACUCUGCUGUUGGCUGUUCGUUCCUACGUCUUCUUCUCCCAGCUCAGUGCCUGGCUCAGUGCUUCUCAUGGCAUUGUACCCCGAAACAUCCUGUAUAGGAUCAGUGCAGCAGAUGAGGAGUGUGUCUGUCAGUUCUCCCAGCCCCCAGCGGAGCACCUGUUCCCUGUCCCUAACGUGUCUCAGAGUGUUGCCCUGAGGCUCAGGGUCCAGUCACUCCCCCGUCAGCCCACCUACCCCACCCUGGCCUGUAGCAUACACACCGGCCUGACCCUGGCCCCACUCUACAGCAGGACCCCCAGCCUUAAGCCCAACCUCAGCCCUAACCUCUACAGCAAGACACCUAGCCUUAACCCAGGCCUGAACCCUAACCCGCCUCUGUACGAGAGGAGCCACAACUCUAAAGAGAGCCACAACAGAGCGGCUCUGCCUUUCUCUGGCCUCCCCUUCCCCAGUCCUCCCAGUCUCCUGCCCAGUAAGAGAGGCCCGGACCCCACAGAGAGCCAUGGUCAUUCUAGCCAGAAUGGAUCAGACCUCCCCCAGGUCAAUAAGGGGCAGACAUCAUCCCCCUACCACCUCCCCAUCUCCCCACGGCCCUCCCCCCGCCCCCACAGGAAGCUGUCCUCCACUCUGCCCCUCCCCCCCGGGGGAAAGACUGUCAGGUGGCUCUAUUCCCUCACCUCAGACCCCUCCGAUGACAUCACACACACCACAGAGGAUUAUGGGAAGGCUGUCAACGGGGCCGAGAGCUCCAAGGGGCGUGGCUCCGAAGCCCUCCGGGCCUUUAAGACUUAUUCUUUGGCAGAGCCCCCGCGGUGCCCCUCCCCCAGACCCUCCUCUGAGACCAAUCCUCUGAUUGGCUCGCUGCUCCAGGAGAGACAGGAAGUCAUCGCUCGCAUCGCUCAGCGCCUCAACUUUUGCGACCCGACCGCCCCCCAUCUCCCCCCUGCCCUCUUCACCCCCGACACCCCCACUAAGAACCCUGUCCGGGGCAGUUACCUUGGCAACACCACGCUCAGCAAGACCAAAGAGCCAGAGGGAGCUCCGCCCACUGAGGACACCCUGCCCUCCCCUUUCGACACGCCCAUUGGCGACGCAGCAGCUAUUAUCAGGGAGACGCUGUCCCCGAAACCUGUUGCCUGCCGCAGACUGAGACUCCCAGAGGACAGAGAUGGAGAGAGACUCAGAGACAGAGUCAGGGAGACACUGAGAGACCUGGAGACACAGAGAGACAGAGAGGCAUUGAGAGACCGACAGCGAGAGAGAGACAGUAGUCUCUUGUCUCAUGCUGUUCAGGAUAUUACCAGACUGAUUCAGGACAGACUGUCUGUCCCCUCUCUGUCCCCAACACACAGCCGCAGCAGCAGCCCGCUACACAAACCACAUACACACAGCACACACACGCUGUGCACUGACACACACACCACACACAGAGGCGGCAACAGUCAUAGCAGUGGCCACUGCAAUGGCUACACACCCAGCCAUGACACACACACUCCCUCACACACACCUGCUAGCACAGACAGAGCUGGUGCUCCUCCAGAGACAGACGGUCCAAUCAGAGCCCAGAAUGGCUGUUCAACACUUGAAGACCCUCAGGUCAGCCCCCGACUCCAAAUCCUGCCCCAGUCUUCUUUUCUAAUCAUCCCACGGCCUCUACCCCAGCCACAGUCUUCUCCUCUAGUCAUCCCACGGCCUCUACCCCAGCCCCAGUCUCAGGCCUCUCCACUACUUAGCCCCAAGAGUCCCAGGGCCAAGACCUCAAAGAGUUUACACCCCAACCGCCCCCAAGAGGAGCCCAGACCCUCCUCUCCUAAAGAUAACAUCCUGAGGACCAUCCAGACCCUAACAGUGACCCAGACCACCACCCUGACCCAGACCACUGCACAGACCUUGACCACCAAGCUCACCCACACCCAGACCACUGCUCUCAUCCAGAACCACAUGAAACCUCUGACUCAGUCUCACAACCAGACCCAGACAGUCUCUCGAACUCCGACCUCACGGACUCAGGGCAGCCCUCGAACCCAGCCCUCUAGUCUCCAGGAUGAGAACCAGCCCCCCCCAGGUUCCAAGUCCCCCAGCCCCCCCGGUCCUGCUACCACACCCCCUGGCACAGAGCCCAACACUGUCCUGCGUUCUCCCUCGCCCCUGAGACCAUGUAACAGUCGGAGGAAACACAACCGUCACUCUCUGGACUCCACCCUCACCAAGGCCUUCCACCCCUGUACCGGUCUGCCCCUGCUCUCCAGCCCUGUUCCUCAGAGGAGAACUCAGACUGGUUACUUUGACCUGGACUCUUCUCUGACCAGCUGUAAAGGACUGCCCUGGACCGCAGGGAAGAGGGUGUGUGUGAAGAGAGUGGAGGAGUCAGAAGAACCUCAGCCGCUGUUCAGUGCCAGUGCUCCACCUGCCAGCCUCAGUCUACUGGGCAACUUUGAGGAGUGUGUGUUGAACUACCGCCUGGAGCCAUUGGGGUCGGUGGAGGGUUUCAUGGCCGAGGUGGGUGCUUCCGGAACCUUCUGCCCCAGUCACAUGACCUUCCCCGUCGACGUUUCCUUCUACAGCAUCUCUGACGACAACGCACCCUCGCCAUACAUGGGAGUCAUCAACCUGGAGACUCUGGGUAAACGCGGCUACCGUGUCCCUCCAUCAGGGACCAUUCAAGUGACCUUAUUUAACCCCAAUAAGACGGUGGUGAAGAUGUUUGUGGUGGUGUAUGACCUGAGAGCCAUGCCUGCCGGCCACCAGACCUUCCUCCGUCAGAGGACCUUUUCUGUCCCCGUUCGACGGGACAGCACACAUUCACACAAACACAGCAGCCCAGACAACACACACACACCCGGCAGCAGCAGGAAAGCCCUCUCCCUCGGCCAGGAACGCAUCCUGCGCUACCUCAUUCACCUGAGGUUCCAGACCUCCAGGUCAGGUAAAGUGUACCUCCACAGGGAUAUCAGACUGCUUUUCAGUAGGAAGUCUAUGGAGGUAGACAGUGGAGCGGCCUACGAACUCAAGUCCUACACAGAGUCCCCAGCUGACCCAGCCUUCUCCCCGCGCUGCUGACACUGACACACACACACACUCCUCUAUCUGCACUGACACAAACACUCCUCUAACUACACUGACACAUACACGCACACCCAGAGAGCUGGGCUCAGAGCGUUCUCGUGUGGAACAGUCCAGACAGGCUCCGUCCCAGAUACCUAAGGCCUGGAGAUUUUGCUGACCAUCUGACCAUGAACAACUCCUGGCCCUACAGAACCCUGCUGUUUUCUGUGACGCUCAAACACGUCUUUAUACAUGUAGAAAAUGUAUUAAAGACAUGCUAAAACACACAUCAGAAACACGUUAGCGACCAUGGACCACUGACUGACCAGAACAAUCAAUCAAGAGACUGAGAAAAUUACAAGACGACAUUGAAAAAGCGCACUGUGUAUUUCCACGACUGGAAAUCAAAAGGAGUAAUAUUCUGUUUUUUUUGUACUGUUACAAAAACAAAUCUUUAAAGUGUUGCAAUAGAGAGUAACAUGUAGCUUUAGUGUUUACAUAAUUUUCUUUGUUUACCGUCAGUUAUUUAAUAUUUAAAUGAAUAUUUCAGUUACUGCUUAUGUGACAUCUAUCAUCCUCAGCAUUAUGAUCUAGUGCAAAACUCUGUAAAUCAUAAUGUGUAUUUUUGACAUUAACUCAGAUCUGAAAAUAUAUCUAUAUCUUAAAGCAAUCAUGAAAGCUG